UAGGAGCUUUUUGCAGUCUUUUCAUACCUUUCUGUAUUGCACUUUAUGAAAUACGGUUUUCUAGCUUUCACUACGUGCUGCCUUGGGAAAUCAUGUGACAGCUCACCUCACAGCUUUUUGAUAAAUAGCCUUCGGUCUUUCUUUUGUGGGAAAUACAGUCACUCUGGGGCACUGUUAAUCAUGAUCAUCUCCCUGUAUCCACUUUUUGAUCAGGAAUUCUAACAAGCAAUUAUCGAUUUUAGGCUUUGGGUACUUCACGCUAGAGUAAUGUAUCUCUUUCUACCUUCCUGGAGAGCAACAAUGUCAUCAAAAAGGCUGGCUGAUGAAGAUUACAACAACUACAGCUCAGCAGAAGCCAGCCCCAAUGAAGAGUUUCCAGAUGAGUUGUUUAAUGCUCCUUCUCCUACUGUUGGCGAGUAUGAGAGGCUCGGUGAACAGUCUGGAACCAAGUGGUAUCAUUCCUUGAUUCACUUGUUGAAAGGAAACAUUGGCACAGGUUUAUUGGGUCUUCCACUGGCUGUGAAGAAUGCAGGUCUUGUGCUUGGUCCUAUAAGUUUACUUGUAAUGGGUAUUGUUGCAGUGCACUGUAUGAACCUGUUGGUGAAGUGCGCCCACUAUCUCUCACAAAGGAUGCGGAAGUCUUUUCUGGAUUAUGGAGAUACGAUGAUGUUUGGAUUACAGCAAACUCCAGUUUCUUGGCUGCAGACUCAUUCAUUGUGGGGCAGGCGACUUGUUGAUUUUUUUCUAAUCGUUACUCAGUUGGGCUUUUGUUGUGUGUAUUUUGUAUUUUUGGCUGAAAAUAUCAAACAGGUAGUUGAGGCUGCAAAUGGUACUACCAACAACUGCCACUCAAAUGUGACUGUAGUGAUGACAAACAGCAUGGACUCCCGUCUCUACAUGCUCAGUUGCUUGCCAUUCUUUAUCCUGCUGGUCUUCAUUCGGAACCUGAAGUGCCUGUCCUAUUUCUCCAUGGCAGCCAACAUUGCUAUGCUGGUCAGCUUGAUUAUUAUUUAUCAGUACAUCAUCCCGACUAUACCAGACCCUCGUGGGCUGCCUUAUUUGGCAGGGUGGAAGACCUAUCCAUUAUUUUUUGGAACAGCCAUCUUUGCAUUUGAAGGCAUUGGAGUAAUUCUCCCUUUGGAAAACAAGAUGAAGAAACCCAAGCAGUUUCCAUUUGUCCUUUAUCUGGGAAUGGCUAUAGUUACCUUGCUUUAUCUAAGUCUGGGAACACUUGGUUACCUUCGGUUUGGUGAGCAUAUCCAGGCAAGCAUAACUCUAAAUCUGCCUAAUUGCUGGUUUUAUCAGUCCGUCAAACUGCUGUACUCCUUCGGGAUAUUCAUCACAUAUGCACUGCAGUUCUAUGUUCCAGCUGAAAUUCUGAUUCCUUUUGUUGUGUCGCGGGUACCUGAGCGCUGGACUCUGUGUGUAGAUCUGGCCACCCGAGCUGCAAUGGUGUGCAUCACAUGUGUACUGGCGGUUCUGAUCCCUCGUCUGGACAUUGUCAUCUCCCUUGUUGGCUCUGUUAGUAGCAGUGCACUUGCUCUGAUCAUUCCACCUCUUUUGGAAAUCGCCACUUUCUAUGGGGAAGGCUUGAGUGGAUGGGCUAUAGCUAAGGACAUUCUCAUAAGCCUUUUUGGGAUUAUUGGAUUUGUGGUGGGAACCUAUGUCUCCAUCUGGGAACUUGUGUCUCCAGCAGCUCCUAGUACAUAAAUUGUAGCCUUUGCUGUCCUUACUGCACUGAACUGUUCUGAGCUCAUUACUGUGGUUAAGUAUUACCGGGCAUUUUUGCACUUUAACAGUGCCACCAAUAAGGUGAUUUUUUGUGACACUUUUCUUCACUUGUCUUCACUCUCCAUCAGGUUUUUACAAUAUUUUUGAGCUAUUGUGUAAACAAAAUCAACUAAAUAACACUUCUUAAAAAUUAUGUUUACUAGUACAUAGUUUGUGUAUCUUUUAAAGAGACAACAAAAGAGGUACUGUAAGUUUUAAAUUAGAAAAAGGGACAUUUUAGCAAAAAGUGAAUUAUCUGCUUUUCAUCUGUUACCAUUUUUAUAAAGUGUAGGGUCUUUACCUUUCAUUGAUAUAGCUGAUACCGAUUGUGAGAAGGCAGCUAAGUUUUAUCUUUUUCAUGCACUUUACAGCUUUAUUUCUACAUAAUUAUAUGUAUUUAUGUCCAGGUACCUUACAUCUUGAUUGAGUUACAUAUUUGUUAAUGGCUAUCACACCAUUUCUGUAUUGCCAGACCACACAUACAUGCAUACAGUCAAUGGACAGUGCCCUGCUUGACAGUAUUCACCAGUCCCUGUUCCCUCUUUCUGAAAGGUACUGGCUACAAAAACUGCACAACAGCCUGCAACUGGACCUCUCUUGCAGUUAUGAUAAGUAACAAUAGAUGUAAACAAUAUCGGAUAUGGAAAGAAACACAAUUUAUACUUUUGUGCCAUUGAUUCAUUGUAACAAAUAACAAUUAAAGCUAAUUAUUCCAGGAAAA